AUGGCAACUACUGUAUUACACGAUACGUCAAUUAUUUCUACCCGAAAACUGUUAACUGAUGCAACUUCACGUUUAUUUCGUCUUGUUCGUGAUUUAAAUUUCUUUUCUGAAAAUCCUUUUUGGUCAUCAACAUUAACAUUUCGUGAACAAAUUCAUAGUACACGUCUUUUUCUUCUAUUUAUAUACGUAUCUAUGAUUAUCGUAAUUGGUUACAGUAGUUUACAAAUUCGAACACAUGAAAUAACUCUAAAAACAUUUUCUUUAUCUGAUUUUGAACGACUUGAAAAACUUUAUCCAAGUACAAUAAAUGUUCCAUGUGACGACGUCACAAUUCCAUAUAAUAAAUUUCUUGAUUUUUCUCCUCAAUUUCAUCAAGUAUGUCAAAGUCCAUUUAUUCAAAGAAAAUGGAUAUCAUCAUUAUUUCUUUUCAAUGCAACAUCGCAUAAUAUAUUAGAUUAUCGUACAUUUGCUUUUUCACAUUUUCGUGCACUUGGUUUAUUAUGUCGAAUAUCUCGACAAGCCAUAAAAGAUAUUCUUCGAACAUUUAAUUCAACUCAUUUCGUACAUCGUCAAACUCUUUCAAGAAUUCAAUUUAAUGAAAUUGCUUCUGUUCUUUCUAAUAAUCUUCAACAAAAUGUAAUAAAUAAUGAAAAACGAACUGCACGUAUUAUAUCAUUGAUUAUAGCACAAAAUAGAAUAUUUUCGGCUCUUCGAACAAAUUAUUAUAUUCAAUCAGUACCUGGUUCACGUAGCUAUAGUACAUAUAAUGGAGUCUAUUUAUAUAGAAAUCAAACGAAUGAAUUUGGUUGUGAUUGUAAAUUUAAAGCAAAUCAAUGUACUUAUCCAGCAGGAGCUUUCUACAAUUGGACAUUACCUGAGUUAGGAACGGCAGCCAAAAAUAAUCCACUACCUCAAUUUCAAAUUCCAGGAUUAAUGGCCGGAUGUUUACCACUUGAUUCUAUGCAACAAUCAACUCUUGAAUGUUUAUAUAAUCAAUCAUGUAUAAAUGCUAUAGCACUUCGACCGAAUCUAUCUCAGCCAAAAGCAUUGAAUUCUCGUUUAACAAGAUUUUUAUUAAAUUCUACUAUAGGUUCAAUAUUUGAUGAAUCAUUAUUUGUUGAAUCUUGGAAAAAUAAAUCAAAUUAUGAAAAUUAUUUUGCUGCUUGUUCACCUCGAUCUUUAUAUUACAGUUAUCAAAGUCGAUUUCAUCUCGGAACAAUUCUUACAAUAAGUCUUAGUGCUUUUGGUGGUCUUAUAAUUAUUUGGCAAUUAAUUACACCAGUUUUUAUUAAAAUUUGGAACUUACUUAAGGAAAAAACUAUAUCACAUACAUCUACAGAACAUACACAAAUAGAAUUAGCUAUUAUUAAUGUAGCACCAAAACCAAUUAACGAAGGUGUAACUGCUCAUGUUCAUCGAACGAUUCAUAAUUUUAAUUUAUUUCCGCCAAACAAUAAAAAUGAUAAAGAAGAAGAACGUAUUGGAAUAAUAACAACUCGCCUGUAUAUAUUCUUAAUAGUUAUUUGUUUAAUAGUUCUUGGUUUGUAUACAUGUUUAACAGAACAUAAUCAAACACGUAGUAUAUUAUCACCUAGUCUUAAUCAAUUCAAAAAAUUAAAUUCAAUGAAUUUAUCAACAUUGAAUUGUCCAUGUUCAAAUUUUUCAAUGUCAUAUUCUCGUAUAAUGACACUUUCUCCUCGUUAUCAUUCCAUAUGUUCUAGUGAAUAUCUUCAAGAUGAUUGGUUAUCUUAUUUUGGUCGUGUAGAAAUUGAUAUUGAUAGUAUUUCAUUUCUCACAAAUGAUUUUCGUGUUAGUGGACAAUCAUUUUUUGAUUUAGUACGUAUUUUAUGUCAAACAGCUAAUGAAACUAUUGAAAAUGCUUUGAAAGUAUUUAAAACUACACGACUAGUUACUGUGAACACACUAACACCUUAUCAGUUUCAUAUUGAAACAAAUACACAUUUUCAAGAAUUUCAACAACAAACAAUAAAUUCAUUUAUCGAUCUAAUUCAAUUAAUUCGUUCAUUAAUACAAACAAAUCAAUUAGCUGAAGAACUAUGGACUAAUGUUGGUCCGUUAUCCAUUUAUGAUAAUCAAACAUUAAAAUGGUCAUUUGCAUUUCGACCAAGAGAUUUUUAUAAAAAUUCUUGUUCAUGUGCUUAUUCGAAUCAAUGUAGUCGUCCUGUUGGAUUUUAUUUUCAAGGGGAUACAAUCCGUGAUCAGCCAAAUAUAACUGUACCGGGUUUAUUUCUUGGUUGUUAUCCAAUUGAUUCACUACUUCUAUCAACUUUUCAAUGUUUUUAUGAUGAAAAAUGUAUUAAACUUCUUCUUGAUAAUUAUGAUUUUGAUGUAGUUGGCUUAGUUCGACCAUUGAAUAAUCGAACAUUUCAUAUAAAACCACUUGAAUAUAGAAAUAGCCGUUUUUCUCCAACUACAGAAAUCAAUGAAAUAUUCUCUCAAUUAUUUGUUGAAGAAUGGAUUAAUUUAAGUAAUUUUACAUCCUAUUAUACACGAUGUGCACCAUCACAAUGUACUUACACCAUAUCAAAACGUUUUGAUGUUGCUUAUGCAUUUACUAUUAUGUUAGGAUUUUACGGAGGAUUAUCUGUUAUAUUAGAAAUUCUCUUGUUACCGUUAGUCAAACAAACUAGACAACGAUGGUUUAAAUUAAAAACAACAGAUAAUACUAAUACCGAUACAACAAUAAAUUCAUUACCUUCUCAUUGUAACGAUAAAUUAAAAUUUCAAUUAAAUUUUUUCAAAAGUGAUCCACCAUCAACAGAAGAAAAAUUGAUAAAUCAAGAAAUAUUAGCUACUCGUCUAUAUAUAUUUGUAUUUCUAUUAUGUUUAAUCAUGGCUAUUCUUUAUUCAGGUCCAUUUCAUGAAGAUACAAAAGCAAAUAUAAUAAUAUCUCCUAGUUUAGAAUUGGUUAAUAAACUUCAUAAACGUAAUAUUUCAAGUUUAUCAUGUCCUUGUUCAACUGUUGCUAUUCAAUAUUCAAAUUUUCUUUCUCUUACUCCAAAAUAUCAUUCGAUAUGUUCGAAUAAAUCUUUGUUUUUAAACUUUAUUGAUAAAAAUGAUAAUAUAUCUUUAUUUUUAUUUUCACAUUAUCGUUUGUUAUCAACACUUUGUAAUUUAUCAAAUAAUUUUAUUAAUAGUUCGGAAAAAAGUUUUGGUACACGUGAAUUAAUAACUAUAGAAACAUUAACAUAUUCAUCAUUUCAUAUUGAAAUCAAUGCUUUAAUUUCAAUAUUUAUAUCUCAAAUAUUAUCCGAUUAUCGUCGAAUACUUUCCUUUAUCGAUGGUUCAUUUAAUGUUAAUCAAUUAUUAAAUUUAUUUACAAAUAAUUGGAAAAUGGAAUUUACAGAUGAGAGCGAAAAAAAUAUUAUAAGAACAUUUCCAAGAAAAUUUACGAAUUCAAAUUGUAAUUGUGCUAUAUCAUCAAAUUGUAAAGAAUUAUUAAUAGAUGAUAUUUAUAUUGGAUGUUUCCCUUAUGAUGGAUUUCGUUUAUCAAAAUUUCAAAAUAUUUCAUUAGGUUUAUUAAAUGAACAAUUAUUUGUAGAACAAUGGAUUAAUCAAACUAAUUAUACAAGUUAUUUUCAAGCAUGUAAUCCAUUACAAUGUCAAUAUACAUCACCCGAUAAAAAUAAUCCUAUGUUUAUACUAACAACUCUUUUGGGAUUAUAUGGAGGUUUAACAUAUUUUUUACAUUUAAUUAUUGGUCAAUCUUUAUUGGCUUAUCGAUGGUGGAGAAAAAAACGAAUUCAACAACAUGUACUAGUUAUUUCAAAUGAAUCAGCAACUACGGAAAUUAUGACAUAA